AUGUUGUUCCGCAACCUCAUACCCGCGGUACUUGCGCUGCUCCCCGCCAUUGCUUCGGCAGAGGCCGUCAUUGACCUCAACCCCUCCAACUUCGAUGAUGUUGUCCUCAAGUCCGGCAAGCCCGCCCUCGUAGAGUUCUUUGCCCCCUGGUGCGGUCACUGCAAGAACCUUGCCCCCGUCUAUGAGGAACUCGCCACCGUCUUCCAGCACGCCGGUGACAAGGUCAGCGUUGCAAAGGUUGACGCGGAUAACCACAAGUCGCUCGGCAAGCGCUAUGGCGUCUCAGGUUUCCCCACCCUCAAGUGGUUUGAUGGAAAGACCGACAAGCCUGUCGAUUACAAGGGCGGACGUGAUCUGGAGAGCUUGAGCAAGUUCAUUACUGAGAACACUUCCAUCAAGCCCAAGAUCAAGGCCAAGCUUCCCAGCCAGGUUGUGUACCUUGAUGACAAGAGCUUCAAGGAGAAGGUUGGAAAGGACCAGAAUGUGCUUGUUGCCUUUACUGCUCCAUGGUGCGGACACUGCAAGACCCUCGCCCCCGUUUGGGAGACUCUCGCCAACGACUUCGUCAACGAGCCCGAUGUCUUGAUCGCCAAGGUCGACGCCGAAGCUGAGAACUCCAAGGCCCUUGCUCAGGAACAAGGUGUCUCUGGCUACCCUACCAUCAAGUACUUUGCCAAGGGCUCUACCGAGGCUCUCCCAUACAAUGGUGCUCGCGAUGAGAAGGACUUUAUCGAUUUCCUCAACGCCAACGCUGGCACUCACCGUGCUGUCGGUGGAGGUCUCGAUGCUACUGGUGGCACUAUCGAGGCCUUCAACGCCGUCAUUGAGAAGUUCAAGGACUCAUGGGCCGAUGGAGCCGAGGAGGCCAAGACUCUUGCUGCUACCCUGCAGGACAAGUACGCACAAUACUACGUCAAGGUCUUCUCGAAGAUUGGUGCCAACAAGGAGUACGCUGAGAAGGAGCUCAAGCGUCUGCAAGGCCUCAUUGCCAAGGGCAACCUCGCACCUGAGAAGAUGGAUGACUUGAUGAGCAGGAGCAACAUCCUGAAGAAGUUCAUUGGUGAGGAAGAGAAGACUGAGUUGUAG